CAGCCAUCAGAGCAGACCAUCUUCCUUAGUCAGUCCUCCAGAUUAGGCCAUGAAACCAGACCACAACGGCAGGCCAUAAGAUCCGCCCAAGAUCAGACCACCACAACAGACAAUCAGACGAGUCUCAGAUCCGGCAACAGAACAGACCAUGUACCAACUCCCACACCAGACCAUCGUCAGACCAGACUACCAGAUCAGAUCAGCCCACAGACUACCAUCCAUGACUGCUCCAGAACACCCAACCUCGUGAAAUGGUACAGGUUAGGUGCAUUGAUUGUGGGUUGGGUGAAGGGGGGUAUAUAGAGCUCUGGAUGAACCUUGCAAAGCAUACUUUCCACACACGUUCGGCCUGAAGUUUUUGGACAUCUUUUUCGGCUUAACUUAACUGUAGUUAGAUCAGUUAGCGGGCUCCCUGGGCUGGUAAGGGCCUCCCCUGCCCUUUUUCAUUAGUUGGGUUCCUUUGCAGGUGUUCGGUCAGCGACAUAAGUUCGGCUUUUAGGAUUCGGCUUGGCUUCUAGGAAACGGUUGGACCGCGUUUUUUCAUCUUUUUCGGAUGGACUCAUCGCCUUUUUUCGUCGUCGUCGUCGUCACUGCAGUCUCCCGCUUAGUUGCGCCAAAUUCAAUUCAUUACACUUCACUUGAUAGUCAUUGCGCUGGGCAAGUGAAGCAUUCACUCGCAAGGUUCAACCAGACAGUUAUUAUUUUAAGAAGAACUUUAGUAAACUAGAGACAUAAGACCAUUCGGCUACUGCAGUGAGAGGACCUCAUUUGGCCUCCACUUACAGGCUCAAUGGUCUCUCUGGUUACAGGUAGAUAGUCAGGUUAGUCUCGCAAAUUCGAGUCUGCACCUACCUAUACCAAUUUGACUUUUCAUGUUUAACAGUGCGAAUGCGAAGCGAACAUUUUUGAUGCGCGUUGAUUUCCAGACUUCGAACUUGUGAGGGUAGAUCAGAUGACAGGUUUAGUCUUACAAAGAAGGUAAUCUGCAAUCAGGCGUUUCUUCCCGCGAAGAGCCAACACCUUGUUGCAGGUUGCCAGGGCAACAUGGGACAAUCCACACACCACAGGCUAGAUCGUUUACAAAUCGUAAGCGUAGGAAGUCUUCGAGACCAAUCUACGACGCAGUUUCAUAGCUGGAGGAGCACUAACAAGCCGAUCAGCAUUUAGCAACGUUAUUAACUUGCGAAGUGAUUACGAGAAUGCCAAUAGGCCGAAUAUUUCAGGGAAACACAUGUGAAGGCCCACCAUACCUUGAUAUGCGUGUCCCUGAAUGGCAUUCAGGUGAAAACCUCGCAGGUUAUAGAUAGUUUUUCAGAGGCCACAGGAAUAGCAGGAGAGGAUACUCUGGCGUGGCAUCGUUAACAUUAAGACGAUUUAGGUUGUCUUCUUGUUAAUUUUGCCUUGCUGGAGAGUUUUCUUCUUAGGAAGUCCUGCAUUGCACUAUGCAGGCACAGAUCGUCUACAAAUGGUAGGCGUACGUAGUCUUCACGUCGACCGUUCGUGGCUAUUGGUUUCUUAGUCUUCAUCCGAGAGUGGCCUGCAGCUUUCCCGAUCUACCCCAGACAACUCUUGAAGUACUUCAUGAAGGGGAGUGAAUCCUAGAGCAGUACGCUGUCUAUUUCCUUUUUUUCCUGAAUCUUGUAACAAGAAAUAGUUGCUUUUGCAAAUAUAAAUAAAGUGCUUGUGAUCGUAUGCUUGAUCGUAUUGUGUGUGAUUGAAUUGUGGGUCCAUUGCUACAUCAAGGGAAGAGGCCGGCCGAAGAAAGAAGAACAAAGAACCUCCAAAUGUACAGAAAGAUAGUCCAGUUUAUUAAGAAGUCGAGGUAGCUGCCUUUGCGGCGAUGAAUUUAGAAGAAACGCAUAGGACCAAACCAGACAAUGAUGAUGAUGAUGGCGAUGACGAUGACGACGUUUAUGAUGAUGAUGAUCGUUUGCGCUAAGACAUCAUUCUGCUUCCACUAAAAGUUAUUUUAUUUGCCGUUGUUUGAGGGUCAUAAUUGAACUGAAGAAAAUCACGUUAAAAUGUAAAUUGGCUAUUUUGCAUACAGAAGCCGAUGACAUCAUAGUGAAAACGACUUCAUCAUUAGGAAGGCAAGGUAAAGACAGAGGAGACAGCAUAUAGCAAUAACUUAGAUAAGCUGUCUUAACUAACGUUGAUAUCUUUAAUGGCCCAUAUCCACUCCCCCAACCCUUUUCAAUUUUUCAUAAAAAUUCUUAAUCACCGUAAUUCUGAAAUUAGUUGAAUUUUCAUCAUGUCUGAUACCUUGUUCCGCGGUGAUUAAACUCGCAUAGUCCAAUGUUAGUUGAGACAGCCACCAAUAUUUUAUAAUUAAAAUUUAAUUGGCCGGCCGAACUUCACCUUUGGGCAACUUCACCUCAUCAUGGACCUCUACGACUUCUUCUUUUUUUUGCCAAUGGCCUACGCCUUUUUUUGGAUUGUGGAUCCCAGUCUCCUUGGUCUUUUGGUGGAGGAACAUGACAGUUUACAGCAGCCCAUAUAAGGUAGGGCUGAUUUAUACUGGUACAAAUUUUACACAAAGCUGACUCGUUCGGUCUUAAAUAGGAAAAUCGGCCGCUCAUUGAAUUUCCGCGUAACACUUUGUUUGUAAGAAGCUAAGGUUCGUAGCUUAAGAUGUAAACUUUGCACCUCAUCAAUCAGCCCAAGUAAUAAUCCAAUGUGGCACAAGGUAUGUGGAUUUUUUUAUAUUUUAGUCGAUUAGAUUUUCGGUUCGGUCUAUUCGUCUUUUUUCGGUUUUCGAUUCGACUUUUGAUCUGAUUCCCGAUUCGGCUUCAAAAACUGUGAAGGCUUGGUAUAGACAAAGUUUCCAUAGCAAGCCGCCAAAUAUCCCUGCAUACCGUCCGGGGGACCCUGGUGUGUUUCAUUCGAGGUGUCAAGGUUUUAUGGACGCAUGUCACACUCCUCGGUCUUGCUCGGACGUCAAAUUCUUAGAAGCGCACCCCAUCUAUAUAGACUACUUCAUUUCUGUAAACAGCCAACUCAAUUCAAUAAAAAUACUUCAUCUAAUGUGUUGUCUGUGUGGUUUUUUUCUUUUUCUUUACAACUAAAUCUUUAGGUAAUUAAUUUUAAGUACUAAUGAUGAUUUAAUUUGCAGGGAUAUUACUAAACACUUGAUGUAAUAACGGCAAAAAAAAUAAUAAAACAAAAAUAAAACACUGAGUUGUAAGUGUGAUGUUUUUUAACUAGGCUCAUUGAGUGACACUGAGUGUCGCAUCAGUGUGUUCGUUAUUAACACACAAAUAACUAACUCAUUUAAUUUCAGGUGCGUCGAAAAUCAAUAAGUUUAUCGUUUUUGGACUCCUCCGCCACUUUUUGCGAGGGUGAAUGGACGCACAUUUUUUGGGCGCGCCCUCUCAAGAUGACUUUUUUCCGACCAUUUUACUGCGUUUUGGAUGCGUUCUUGAAGAAACGCAUGGCACUACCUAUUUUGAAGUCGUUCGUAAGGUGCCGAAGGAAGGGCAGGAACAUUAAUAUUAAGGUUAAUGUGAUUGAAUUGUACGUAAUGAAAAGUUGAUGAAAAAUAAAGUUUAACAAACGAAAGGCAUAUCAUCGGCUUGUUUGUUUGUUUGUUUGUUUGUUUGUUUUUGUUGAUUAAACCAGCUCUAACAAAUUUAGAUAAGUUAGAUUAUGUUGUAACGGAGUUGCUUCUGAGGAAAAAAAUAAAGUGUGACCAACACAUUGCCGUUUCAUCAUUGUAUUUUUUCUUUAAACCAAUGGUACAUAAUUAAAAAGCUUCAUUUCAGGAACAUCGUACGUCGUUUUUUAAAUCUUUUUUUGCUCGAACAUCACCGCCUCAAAGACGUCUUUUUGGGCACGCCCUCUGAAGACCGACCACAGCAAACCGAAUGCUCUCUAGAAGCUCAUUUGGAAGUUUUUUCUGGCUGCGUUCCUGAAGAAACGCAUGUCGAUGCUGAUUACGAUUGGAAAACAAGUCAAAGCUUAAAGGUAAGACAGACAUCUGUUUAUGCCCUAACUGUUAGAUUAUAUCUUUGGGUUUCAGAUUUAGUGCGUUUCGACAGCAGCGUCUAAGAUGCAAGGAAGAAUGAAACGGAAAGUGAGUAUGGUGCUGAUUCAUGAACUUAUCCUCGGAUGAUACUAAAAUUUAUUUGCACGCACCCUAGUAGGAUUCAAACCUACGACAUUUGUUUGUUUACUGGUGCUCCUAGUGUACCAAAGAAUGCAAUUUUCAAGACUUGGAAUUCCAAAUGAUGUUCGGCUGAAUUCGAAUCUGUUUGAUAAUAGCUGACAGUGGCAAAUGGAGUCUGCGAUUGGUUUCCAAGUGUGCAUUAAAGCCAGUGUUUUGACGUUAUUUAUUGAUUCUGUUUUUAAGAAAUAUUUCAUUUAGGUCGGAGACGUCCAGCCGUGAUAUGGCCCAUCAGCAGUGACGUGCAACCUGUAAGUACAAGAAUAUAGGAAACCCUUUGUCUUCAAGAAGUUAAACAAGCAUACCAACAAAAUGACAGGGUCAUUUAAGAAAAGAUUUUUGCCAUAGGCAAAUGUGCACCUACUGCAGCAAAAGUCGAUCGUUACUUUAAAGGGAAAAACUGUUUCCCAUUCAGGGAUUCCAACACAUAAACAUUGCUUCAUCAGUAAGCAAAUCGAUAUGAAGCGUUAAUGAGACUCGAUCGCCAGGGUGACUGAGAGAAGCUUUAUGGCUUUAAAAUUCAUUUUCAACUGCCAUGUUAAAACUGUUGCUUUGAUAAUCUUUUUUUAAGAAGCUUUUUGUUCAGGUCUCUGCAAUUCCAGAAGUUGUUUCCAACCCGCUGUCGUAGCCCGCCCAUUGACAUUGGGACAGGUGACCCCAGCUACCAGAUCUGA